AUGACCAUUAAUCAAUGGAAAUUAAGACAACUUGAUGUUAAUAAUGCUUUCUUAAAUGGCCAUCUCGAUGAAACCGUUUUCAUAGAACAACCUCCGGGUUUUGAAGAGCCCAAACAACCAACUCAUGUGUGCAAACUAAAUCGUGCAUUAUACGGUCUAAAGCAAGCACCACGAGCUUCGUUUCAACGUCUAAGCACCUUUCUCAUUGUUCUUGGUUUCCAAAAUAGUAGAGCCGAUCCAUCAUUGUUUAUUUACAAUCAUCACGGGGUUUUAAUUUAUCUUCAUGUCUAUGCAGACGACAUCGUUGUGACAGGAAACAACGAAAAAUUCAUUAAUAUGCUUACAUCUCGUCUACACAAGGAGUUCAAAAUAAAGGAUCUCGGCCUACUAAAUUUUUUCCUCGGCUUGGAAGUUACUCAUACUUCUUCUGGUCUCUUUCUAAACCAAUCCAAACAUGCUUACGACAUUUUAUCACGUGCGGGUCUUCUUGACUCAAAAUCCGUUUCCACUCCUCUAACAUCAAAAGAUGCUUUCACCACCCAAGGGCAACCAUUUCAUGAUCCUACCCUCUACCGAUCUCUCGUAGGCGCACUCCAAUAUCUCACAAUCACUCGUCUCGACCUCUCAUACGCCGUUAAUCAAGCUAGUCAAUUUCUUCAACAACCCACCACUACUCACUUUCAAUUAGUGAAAAGAAUUCCUCGAUAUGUCAAAGGAACAUUAUCUCAAGGUUUAACUUUUGAUCGACCACCUAACACUGUUUUGCUAGGUUUUUCUGAUGCAGAUUGGGCACGAUGUCUAGACACUAGAAGAUCCACCUAUGGCUACUGCAUUUACUUGGGAGGAAACUUAGUCUCUUGGAGUGCAAAGAAACAACCCACCGUUUCUCACUCAAGUUGUGAAUCCGAAUACAGGGCUAUGGCUAACACCGCUGCAGAAAUAAUUUGGUUGACAAAUUUACUAAGUGAGCUUCAUGCCUUGCCUCAAACUCGCUCAACCUUAUUAUGCGAUAAUAAGAGUGCUUUGUUCCUAAGCCAAAAUCCAAUCUCACACAAACGAGCAAAACACAUUAAUAUCGAUUAUCACUUUGUUCAUGAAUUGGUUACUUCUGGUCAACUCGACACUAAAUUCAUCUCCACCGAUCAACAAGUUGCGGAUAUUUUCACAAAAAGUCUCCCACAACCAUUGUUCGACAAGUUUCGUUCAAUGCUUCGUGUCGGACCACCUCCAUCCUUGCAUUGA